AUGGUGAAAACUUUUAGUUUCAACUUUUUUAUUGUUUUUCUUCUUUUCAAUGACAAUGUUAAAUGUAGUCAUACUAUAAACGAGAAUAUUAGGAAAUUUUUAGCAGAAGAUAUUUUUAAAAAAUUACUUUACGAAUUAGACUUACAAGUUUUGCCAAAUAUUACUAGAAGUCAUUUUCAUAUAACUGAUGAAAAUUUUAAUUUUGAUGAAAAGAAUGUACUGUUAGAAGAUAAAUUUUAUAGUGGUACAAGUUUAAUAGUUGGAAAUAUUAUUCAAAAAAUAGUUCAGUUUAUUAUGCCAACAUCAGAUUAUGGUAAAAAUAUUGAAAAGGUAGAAUUAGUUAUUCCUUCUGUAACAAUAAAUCAUGAGUACGAUAUCAUAGAUAUUAAAAUUUUACAUAUUUUAAAUAAUGGAACACAUAGAGAGACUAUUGGUAAUAGAAAAUUUUCAUUUGAUGAAAUGGUACAGACAAAUAAAAUUGAUAUAUCAAUUUAUAAUGAUAAAAUAAAUAAUUUAAUUUCUGAUGAUAGAAAGUUAGAUUUAGAAAUACUAGCCACAUCAUAUAAUUAUAAUCAGGAUAAUUAUUUAAUACCAUCAGAAGAAAUAACAUUAGAAUUAAAUAAUCAAAAACCUUAUAUAACUUAUAAAAUUUUUUCAAGAUACAAUAGAAGAAAUGUCAGAUCAGAGUAUAAAACAUGCGAUGGAACAUUAAAUGAUGGUUCAUGUUGUUUAAAAAAUUUUAAAAUUGAUGUCUCUCAACAUCCAUGGAACUUUAUUAUAUCUCCAAGUAUCUUAAAUAUUAAAAGUUGUAUUGGAAGUUGUAUUAAAAAUGAUUAUUCUACUACUAAUUCAAAUUUUAUUAGAUAUUCAGAAGACUCUGAACAUAAAAGCUGUUGUUAUGCUUCAGAAUAUGAAACUAUUAGAGUUUUAUAUGCAACUGAUGACCUUGGUACAUUAAAAUUUAAAAAUAUUACUAAUUUAAUUGCCAAAGCUUGUAGAUGCUACUAA